UCUGAUCCUGACAGUGAAUAUUAAAGAGCUGAAGUGUAAAAUGGUCACGUGACUUCAUAACGGCUGCAGCACGUCAUAAAACAUGAAACAUGGAUUAUCGGGAUUCUGGAAUUUUCCGGCUCCUCGUCGAGUGAGCUGCUGUAAAUCCCCCGAGGAGACGUCUCCAAGUGGAGACAAGAUGGCGUCCAACCACACGCUCCGCAGCUACUCCAUCAUCCCAUGUUUCAUCUUUGUGGAGCUGGUCAUCAUGUCUGGCACCGCCCUGCUGGCCUACUACAUGGAGUGCACCGACCUGUUCAGCGUCCACGUCCAGGGCUUCUUCUGUAACGAUGCCGACCUGAUGAAGCCGUACCCCGGCUCCGAGGACACCAGCUUCGUCCCCCCCCUGGUCCUGUACUGCGUGGUGGCCGCUGCUCCCACCGCCAUCAUCUUUGUGGGCGAGGUCUCCAUGUACGUGAUGAAGACCACCAGGGAAGCCCUCCUGGUCCAGGAGAAAACCAUCGUCACUGGAGAAUGCUGUUUCCUCAACCCCCUCGUCCGCCGCGUCGUACGCUUCAUAGGUGUGUUUGCCUUCGGCCUGUUUGCGACAGAUAUCUUCGUCAACGCAGGUCAGGUGGUGACGGGGGGGCUGUCACCGUACUUCCUGUCUGUCUGUCGGCCCAACUACACCGGCACCGACUGUCGCUACAGUCAUCAGUUCAUCAUCAACGGCAACAUCUGCACCGGGAAACCCGCCGUGGUGGAGAACGCCCGCAGGUCGUUCCCGUCCAAGGAGGCUUCGCUCAGCGUUUACUCCGCCGUUUAUCUGACGAUGUACAUCACCAGCACCAUCAAGACCAAGUCCAGUCGACUGGCCAAGCCCGUCCUCUGUCUGGGGACGCUGUGCUCAGCCUUCCUGACCGGACUGAACCGGGUCUCGGAGUACAGGAACCACUGUUCAGACGUGGUGGCGGGAUUUAUCCUGGGAUCAGCCAUCGCUCUGUUCCUGGGUAUUUGUGUCGUGAACAACUUCAAAGGCGUCCACGGUGCUGUGGUCAAGCAGAAGACCGAGGACUACCGUGGUCUGCCCCUGAUGACCUUCCCUCGUGUGGAGAGUCCUCUGGAGACCCUCAGUGCACAGCAUUAACACUUAAAGAAAAGAAAACAGUCGACGCCACGACCAGAAAAGUCACUUUUAUAGUUCAAACAUUCACUGUUGACAAAGUGACGACUGUAAAAGUCCUGGAGAAGAGUUACAUCAAAUAUCCGUACUCCAAGAGGGGGCGCUCAAGCACUGACCUUAAGUCACCUCUUCUUUUAUUGAGAAAGAAGACAGCGCUGCUGUUGUUAGCUGUUAGCUGUUAGCUGUUAGCAUGUCUUUCUCAAAAUGUCACGUUAGACUUGGGAAUAAUUUAACUCUAAUCCUUAAACUCUGAACCUCCGACUGUGAACGGCAGCACAGGUUAGUGAUGUCUGCGCUGUCCUAGGAAAAAGUGGUUCACUCCAGAACCACAGAACCAGAACCACGUGUAUCCUCCUAUUUUGCCUCCAACACUUCCUGACUCCUGAUUUCUUCCUCCUCUUCAUCUCCUCACCCCGUCAUCUUCCUCACUCUGCCCUUCAUCCUUCACCGUUUCUAUCUGCACAACUCCUCCUCCUCCUCCUCCUCCUCCACCUCCUUCCUUCCGUUUUUCAGAACCACUCAGCCUCGAUGACGGAGGUCACAUGACUAAGGGGGCAGCACCGGGUCACGUUUGCGUCUCCACAGCACUUCCAGACACAAUGACGAGGACGCAGGCCACGUGGCUCCGAAUGCUCCCAAACAGAAACACACGCUCCCAUUUAAUCUGUUUCACUCGCCCGAGGGGGAGAAAGGUCGCCGUGUUUGUCGUGGUUCUGGUUUCCGCCGGCGCUCGCGUGGGGUGGACUUGACAGAACCAAAGGAACGCGGCACGUUUCUCCUCCUCUGAGCUGAGAGGUUUGUAGUUAGAGGAUGUGUUUUGUACAUUUUUGUAUGAGCGAGUGUUGUCGCCCGACCCUGGUGUUGAACCUCACUCUGUUUGACAUCACGUCCCGACCAGCCUGACACCCCCCCACCCUCCUCCCCCCUCCUCACCCCUCCUCCCCCUCCUCCCUCCGUCCCCACGUUUGUCCCUCUCGUCCUGAAGACUCUGCGAUGUAAACAUGAAAUAAAUAUUGAUGUUGUUCCGUGAUGUUUGUCAUUUGUACAGAAGAGGAAUUAAAAAAAAAAAAGAAGAAGAAGAAGAAGCAGAAAAUUCCUCUUUUAAUCUGAUUACCUCUUUGUGAACCUGAACUGAUCGUGUCAGGUCAGAUUUUGUAAAGAUUUUUGUUAAUCUGUCGACUUCUAUGAUCCGUUUGGACCUGUUUGCCUGCUGUAAACCUGGAUAUGUUAUGGUAUCAGUUUAAGUGUUUUGGGAAUCGAACCCUCCCCCGCUCUCUCUCACUCUCUCUCUCACUCUUGCUCUCUCUUUUCUGGAGGAAAGGACUUGGAAGGAAGGAAGUCAGUGUUUUCCUACGAGUCAUGACAUAAUGUAA